UUGGAGACUGCCUUGCCCGACGUGCUUCGUGGAGUACCUCUGCGUCGGGAACCACCUUUGGAGAUCCUUCCCGGCGUUGAAUCUUGUCCUGGGUGCAAGAUUUCUUUGGGCUCACACCGCAGACGGGCGCCGUUGAGGUUGUACGGCGCGUCGCCCCAGUCGCGCUGCGGUGUGGCCAUUGAGCGACGCUGCACUUGUUGCGGGCGGUUCUUCUUGGGGCCAUGGUCGCGCACGCGCCACAACACAAAGACGGGCGAUUAUCCCGUUCAACGGCUUCGUUUCCAUCCCGAUGCAGAAAUUGGCGACGUUUCUUCGCGCCAGCUGCCGACGCCAACAAUUGCGCGGCGAGCGCGCCCAAAGACCUCGUCCUCGCCAGCGGCGUCUUAUGGGUCGGCGGAUUUCGCGGCUGGGCUCGACGGGAAACGAGGGGCCAAACGUUUCUUGCGCGCUUGCUUGGAAGGCCCGCCGCGCCACGUCCCAGAAGUGGACGCGUGGUUGCAGCAGGGUUGCCCCAGGCCGCCUUUGCAGGCAGGCUUGCACUGCGCUGACCACGACGCAGUUGCCGAG